GAGGGAGGAGCCCGCUUCUUUUAAAGCGGCCGCGGCGGUGUGAGGGCAUGGUGGGUUUUCGUUUGUGGUGUUAUGGCUUGCAGGGUUUUGGGCCUGCGGGAUGGGCGGUGUGUGUUUCCCUGGCCCGUCUUUUUCUGCUUGUAGGUGCGUGUCCUGCGGUGCAUGCUGUGGUAGGAGCGUUCAUCAAGGUUUCCAGGAGAUAUCCCAGUUGUCUUCCUAUGAAGUUAUAAUCCCACAGAAGUUAGGAAGAGAGCGGCGAGAGACCUCCAAUGCCUCCUCAACACAGGACAAGGUGUCAUAUGCUAUUGAGAUAGAAGGAAAAGAAUACACAAUCCACCUGGAAAAGAACAAAGAUUUGCUACCCAAAGAUUUUACAGUUUAUACCUAUAAUAAGGAGGGGAAGUUGCAAUCUGAAUACCCAGAUGUCCAGGAUCACUGCUAUUACCAGGGAUACGUGGAGGGGAUCCUGGACUCUGUUGUUGCUGUCAGCACUUGCUCGGGGCUCAGGGGUUUGGUGACAAUAGGGAACGUCACCUAUGGGAUUGAGCCCAUGGAUUCGUCCUCUGGCUCUGAACACAUCGUGUAUUCAUUGGAUAAUGUGAAGAAAGAGCCCUCGAUGUGUGGAGUAAUGACUGAAGGCCAUGAAGAGGGGGAACAUACAGGAGAAAAUCACCAUCCUAGUAUGACUCAGCUGCUACGAAAAAAAAGAGCCAUCCUACACCAAACAAGAUAUGUGGAGCUAUUCAUAGUUGUGGAUAAAGAAAAGUUUGAAGAUUUUGGGAAAAGUGAAACAGAAGUAAGAGAACAUAUGGUGCAAUUGGCAAACUUCCUCGACAGUAUGUACAUAAUGUUGAACAUCCACAUCGUGCUGGUUGGCCUAGAGAUUUGGAAGUAUGAGAACAUCAUUAGCACAGAUGGAGGUGCUGGUGAUGUGCUGGCAAACUUUGUGCAGUGGCGAGAGAAGAACCUUGUUUUGCGCCGGAGGCAUGACAGUGCCCAGUUUGUUCUGAAGAAGGGGUUUGGUGGAACAGCUGGAAUGGCCUAUGUUGGAACAGUGUGCUCCAAGAGCCACGCAGGAGGCAUUAAUGUGUUCGGAAAAAUCAGUAUACAGAUGUUUGCUUCAAUUAUGGCUCAUGAGCUGGGACAUAACCUGGGGAUGAACCAUGAUGAUGAAAGGGUCUGUCACUGUGGAGCAAGCAGUUGCAUUAUGAGCUCUGGAGCAUCAGGAUCAAGGAACUUCAGCAGCUGCAGUGCAGAAGACUUUGAGAAGCUGACCCUCAACAAAGGGGGAAGCUGCCUGCUUAACGUUCCCAGGCCUGAUGAAACCUAUAGCAUCCCCUACUGUGGGAACAAGCUGGUCGACAUGGGGGAGGAAUGUGACUGUGGGUCACCGAAGGAAUGUGAAAAUGAUCCUUGCUGUGAACCAGGCACAUGUCGGCUCCGACCCACUGCUGAAUGUGCUUAUGGAGACUGCUGUAAAAACUGUCGGAUCCUUCCUGGUGGAACUGAGUGUCGGGCGAGUAACAACGAGUGUGACCUUCCAGAGUACUGCAAUGGCACAUCCCAGUUCUGCCAGCCUGACUUCACCGUCCAGAAUGGCCACCCCUGCCACAAUGAGGAAGCAUACUGCUACAAUGGUGUCUGCCAGUACUAUGAUGCACAGUGCCAGGAUAUAUUUGGCUCAAAAGCCAAAGCUGCCCCCAACAUUUGUUUUGCUAAAGUGAAUUCCAAGGGUGACAGAUUUGGCAACUGUGGUUUCCAUGGCCAUGACUACAAGAAAUGUUCCAGCUGGAAUGCCAUGUGUGGGAAGCUGCAAUGUGAAAAUGUGGAGACUAUGCCUGUGUUUGGAAUUAAGCCUGCCAUUAUCCGGACUCCCAGUGAUGGCACCACUUGUUGGGGUGUAGAUUUCCAGCUGGGCUCUGAUGUCCCUGAUCCAGGAAUGGUGAAUGAAGGCACCAAAUGUGAUAAUGGAAAGGUCUGUAGGCACUUCCAGUGUGUGAGUGCUUCUGUUCUGAACUAUGACUGCGAUGUGGAAAAGCAGUGUCAUGGACAUGGGGUGUGCAACAACAACCGGAACUGUCACUGUGAGCCAGGCUGGGCCCCUCCUUUCUGCAAUACUAAAGGCUAUGGAGGGAGUAUUGACAGUGGACCUCCCUACAAUGACAGCAUGCUUCGUUUGGUAGUAAAUACAAAUGUAGUCCCUGCCCCAAACAUCUUACGGUAUAGAAGACAGAUACACCAUAAAGAAACGGGGAGAGACAGAGACAAAGACAACUCAUUGAGAAAUGGGCUGCUGGUAUUUUUUUUCCUGGUCCUACCACUCCUUAUAGCUGCUGCUUUGGCAUUUGCAAGGAGAGACCGACUGAAACGAUGGUUUAGAAGGUUAAUGUCACGUUGCCACUCGUCACUUCAGUCACCACCUCCUAGAACAGAAGCAGAACCAAGAGAUUUCCCUCGCAGAGGCGUUCCACAUGGCAUGCCUUACCCUUCAAGAGGUGUACCCAUGGACAUGGAGCCAAAUACCUUUCCUGUGCCAUCCUACCCCAUUAACCAGCAUCCCCAGCAGGCGUACCGCCAGUCCUACUACCCAUCUCCGCAGUACCAGGCCCUGCAGCCACAGAAGCUGCCUGCAAGGCCGCCUCCUCCCCAGCAGAAAUCUGUACCUCAGGGACCUCCUCCAUCACAGCAGAAGUGUUUACCUCAGGGACAUUACUUUCCUUCUCGACCAGCACCUUUGCCCCCCAAAUAGCUUUUGACUUCUUUGAGACCUUCACAUGAGCUGACCUGUUCACUGAAGCAAAGCUGAAAUUGCAUUUAUCCUUCUUGCAUCGAGUGGCCCAUGGUAAUCCCAGAAAGCCUUCCUUCUGCAGCCUUGGAUAAGGCAAAAGAGAGAUUGAAACGAGGAAUGUAAACCUUCAAAUACCUCUACCAAAGCUACAGGAGCAGAAAACAUCAGACCUGUUCUGAGAUCUGAGUGCUGUGGCUCUGUACGCUGCAGCAGGGCUGUCCAGCUGGAAGUGCAGCAGUCUGCAGUUAAAUAACCCUUUAAGUACAGCGCUCAGGACAUGCUUUAGGUUUCCCCAUGUCUGCAAUGAGCCCUAAAAAUGAAGUUAUUUGUUGUCGUCUUUCUAAACGUAUGGUGAAGAGUUAAAGCAGUCCAUACCAUGUUCAAACCAAGGAAAUCUGGCUAAUUAGUUUAAGCUUAGUUUGCAUGGACUGGAAAACGUUACCCAUUCACACGUAAAUGGCACAAGUGGAAUAAGGUAUCAGUGUACUUUAUCAGAGAAAGAUAAAUGUAUUCUAAACAUGUUUAUGCAUGUAUAUAUGUUUAUUGAUGUGUAAUAAUGCACUUAAAUUCUUAAUUUCAUGCUGACUGACACUAAGCUACGUGAACAUUAAGUUUAAUUUAAUGAUUUUAAAUUAGUUAUGGUGAGUUGCUAAGUGAGAAUCCUGUACUAACUUCCACUAAUGCCAUAAAGGGGUAAGGAAAACAAAGGUACGAGAAGACGUGGCCAUUUUUUGGUUAAAACACAUGGAGUUUUUAGCUCUAGGUUUUAAUUUGGACCUGAAGACUCUGAAGAAAUCCCUGCAGAACACUGAGAAGCCAAUAAUGUGAAUCUGCUGAGACCACCUGAGCUUCUCGGAGCACUUUAAGCAGGAGCCUGUUGACUAACGCAGCGCUGUCACCUAAUCUCCAACCCUUGUUAGUGUCAGUCAGGAUGCUUACAUAGGCUUACUUGCAGCAGGUCGGGCUGCCAUUGGUUUCUGUGCCACUGCUAAACCAGGUUUAAUACAGUUCCCAACAGGAGUGCUCAGCACUUGGUGUCAUGGCUGUGCUGUGGGUGGAAACUGAUGCUGGAGACAAAUAGGAGAAUUAAAGUGGGGAAAACAGCCCUGGAAGGUGUGCUUGGCUCUCUCACUUUGUGCUGGCCACUGAGUACAGACUUGCUCUGCAAAGAUCCCCCAUAGUAUUGCCAAAAAACAUUCUUAUCUUCUGUAUAUACAUAUAUAAAUAUAGAGAGAGUGUUUGCAUUUGCAGCAAUAAAAUACUUGAACUCCUGUGGUUCCCCAUAAACAUAGACUAAGAUUUAUAACACUAUUAAGAUACUCCAGGUGUCACCUAAGCUAUCACCAGACUUGUCCGUGGGGGUCUUCUGUCUGUCCCAAAGUGUUCCCAUUCCCAUUGUGUCCCACUCGGGUCAGGCUCUGCCAUUUCCUGGCUCUGCUUUGUGUUUGGCCAUGCGGGUUCCAGAAGGGGGAGCUCACAUCACCAAGUAAUCCAGGAUGUCCUUAAUUGUACUUAAAGCUGUACAUGUGAACUAAAACUAUGCUGAGAACGGUGCCUUCUAAUAAGUUUUUAUACUUCAUUGUGCAUGUUAGCAAUAUUUACAGGGUGGUGGUGUAGGGCAACGGACGUGCAGUUUUUAGACGUGAUUCAAUGGAAAAGAAACGGCUCCAAUUUUAGAUGUGUUGAAUAUUGCAGAUGACUACUGACUUCCUUUUAUAAAGCAUACCUUAUUCCUGUCCCCAUUCGGCUGGGGGAGCGUUCCCACCUACAGUGCUGCCCUGGGAGCAGCUCCCCCCGUUCCCAUGCGCUUCCGGGCCGCAGUGUGUGUGUUUGCAGCGCUCGGGUGCGACGGACGGGCUGUACCCAACCUUUGUAAGAGCAGCGAGCAAUAAACACGCUGGUUUUGUACAAACA